UUUAUAUUUUUUUCAUUGCAGAAUAAAAAUUUGUGUUCGAGAAGAAAUUUGUUUCGUCUCAUUUGUAAAUACCCCCAUUUUCCAAGGUGGUUGCCAGAGAAUAGCUCUAGGGUUCAAACACUGCACCUUUCCUUAGACGGUUUUACAACCACUUUAGAGCCACUCGUGCUGUAUGUUAACGAUCCUAUCUUCUUCCCUUUCAAUGGAAACCAAUCUUAUAGUUUUGAUCCUGCCUCAGAAGAAAACAAAAUUACCAUCAGGGGAGAGAAUUUAGAUGUUGUUGCAAAUAAAGAUGAUUAUUAUAUUCGAGUUGGAUCAGGGGAAUGCAUAAUUACCGAUCUGCAGAGUUCUAGUCUCACGUGUACACCUCCCUAUACAGAGCCACCGCCUUUAGCAACUGAGGAGAAAUUGUAUAUAAGAGUUGAAGUAGGCUUUCUCAACGUUGUUGUUGGGGAUUUGAUUUAUCCGUCGUCCACAUGGUACAUUGUUAUAAUUGUGAUCAUCACUGUUGUGCUUGCUGGUGUUGUAACAAUUGUCGUUUUAAGAUGGAGGAAACGAAAAUCCAGAAAGACACGAGAUGCUCAAAAUUAUGUUCAAAAUGUGCAAGUUUCAGGAUACGAAAUGCUGAGAAGAAAUCGGGAUCAAGCUGAUAAACAUGGAAUAGAUGAAAGUAUAGUGAACCUUCUGAAAAGUAAAGAUUUACUCAUCUCUCCCGACGACCUCAGAAUCGGAGAUUGUGUUGGCAAAGGGAAUUUCGGGAUUGUCUAUGCGGGUACAUUGACCAAUGCAGUGGAAAAAAAUGAAAUCAAAGUGGCGAUCAAGUCCUUACAUCAUAAAGGAUUAAAAGAUAUAGACGUCAAUGAGUUUGUAAAUGAAGCUUUACAAAUGGCUGAUUUCCACCAUCCAAAUGUGAUGACGUUAAUUGGAAUUUGCCUUGCAAAUGAAAUGCCACUGGUGAUUUUGCCAUUUAUGGUUCAUGGAGAUAUGUUAGCAUAUAUUAGAGAUAAAAACAACGUAAUGACACUUUUAAACAUUUUACAAUUUGGCGCUGAUAUUGCCAGAGGUAUGGAAUACCUGACUUUACAAAGGGUAGUGCAUCGUGACUUAGCUGCGAGAAAUUGCAUGCUUGGCGAUGACAAAACGGUAGUAGUAGCAGACUUUGGCCUGUCACGAGAUGUAUAUGAGAAAAAUUACUACUGUAUAAGUAAUAAGAACUGUAAGCUGCCAGUGAAAUGGAUGGCGCCUGAAAGUCUCGAGAAAGGACUCUUCACAGCCCAGUCAGACGUGUGGUCUUUUGGUGUGGUGCUUUGGGAAUUGGUAACCAGGGGAAAUAAGCCAUACCCAGAAGUUGAUGGAUGGGACAUGCUCAGAUUUCUGAAAAUGAACAGGAAGUUGCCACAGCCUCAAUAUUGUCCAGAUGUGUUGUACUCUGAAAUGUCAAGAUGUUGGGAUUUAGACCCCGACAGAAGACCAACAUUUUCCGACCUUGUCGUUGAAUUGACCAGAUUCACAACUCCAUCCUCAGAUGAUAAUUAUCUGGAACCUACCGUUACUUAUGAGCGACUUCAGAAUACCUAUGUCAAUGUUGAACUGGGGAUAAAUUACAUCGACCUGCACCGAGUCAACUAAUUAUAAUUAACAAUUGUUAAGAACGAU